AUGCUGUGCAGCUCCAGAGAACAAGACAGAGGGCAGCCGAAGGGGGGCCCCAUGGAGAACGGGGUGUCGCAGGAGGCAGGGGGCUCCCAGACUGCACUGCAGGGGGGCUCCAAGAACGCCCCGGGAGAGAACCGUGCUGCCCCGGCGCACCCACCUGGCCCGGCCCGUGUCCGGCCCCGGCUCGUUUUCCACACCCAGCUGGCUCACGGGAGCCCCACUGGCAAGAUCGAGGGGUUCACCAACGUGAAGGAGCUGUAUGCCAAAAUCGCUGAGGUUUUUGACAUCUCCCCGACAGAGAUCCUCUUUUGCACCUUGAAUACCCACAAAGUGGACAUGCAGAAACUUCUGGGAGGCCAGAUUGGAUUGGAGGACUUCAUAUUUGCCCACAUCCGUGGAGAGACCAAGGAAGUGGAGGUGACGAAGACGGAAGAUGCUCUUGGACUGACCAUCACAGAUAACGGGGCUGGGUACGCCUUCAUCAAGCGCAUCAAAGAAGGCAGCAUCAUCAACCGCAUCCCAGUUGUGUGUGUCGGCGACAGCAUCGAGGCCAUCAACGACCAAACCAUCGUGGGAUGCCGCCACUACGAAGUUGCCAAGAUGCUGCGGGAGAUGCCGAAAGAGCAACCCUUCACCUUGCGCCUGGUGCAGCCCAAGCGAGCCUUCGACAUGAUCAGCCAGCGCACACGGAGCGGCAAGGCCCCCCACGAGGGCAGUGUGGCCAGCGGACGGGAGACGCUACGGCUGCGUGCCAAAGGCUGUGCCACCGUGGAGGAGGCGCCGAAUGAGUCUGAGGAAGAAGCUGCUGAGAAGGUGGAUGACCUGCUGGAGAGCUACAUGGGCAUUCGGGAUGUGGAACUUGCAUCCACAGUGGUAGAGAUGGCCAAAGAAUGCCAGAGCUCAGAAGACUUUGCUCGUGGCCUGGAUUCGCUGCUGGGCGAAUUUGCUUUCCCCGAAGAGUUCGUGGCAGAGGUUUGGACGGAAAUCUGUGAGGCCAGGAGCUGCUCCGAGUAG